CGAUUAUGAUACUACAACACUAACGCAAAAGUACAUUUUCGUGGGGACUGUCGCCUAAUUUUUAAUAAAUAGAAAAAUACGUGAAAAUGCUAUCGCGGGUAGCUUUGCGUUCAAUUGCGGCCCGACAGUCCGCCUGCACGGCGUCGGCGGCUCGCGGCUCGGCCUCCGAGGCCGGCGGCGUUCGUGACGAAAAGAACUUCCCUCGGCCAGUGCGAGGAGAGCCCGGCAAAGUCCGCCUCGGAUUCGUGCCUGAAGAAUGGUUCCAAUUCUUCCACUCCAAGACCGGAGUGACUGGCCCAUACACAUUCGGCGUGGGUCUGGCUACCUACCUGUGCAGCAAGGAGAUCUACGUCAUGGAGCACGAGUACUACUCCGGUCUGUCCAUCGCCCUCAUGGUGUACAUCGCUGCCAAGAAGCUCGGACCCAGCAUUGCGGCUUGGCUCGACAAGGAAGUUGAUAACAUUGAAAACACAUGGAACGAGGGUCGCCAGGCCACCAUCAAGGGUCUGGAGGACGCCAUCAAGGAGGAGAAGACCUCCCAGUGGCGCGCUGAAGGACAGGAACUGCUCAUGGAGGCCAAGAAGGAGAAUGUACUGCUGCAGCUGGAAGCCGCCUACAGGGAGCGCCUCAUGACGGCCUACACAGAGGUCAAACGCCGUCUAGACUACCAGCUGGAGAAGACCAACGUGGAACGCAGAAUGGCCCAGAAGAACAUGGUCGACUGGAUAGUCCUCAACGUGACCAAGGCCAUCACGCCUGACCAGGAGAAGCAGACCCUGGACCGCUGCAUCUCAGACCUGGCCGCUCUCGCUGCCAAGCACUGAGCUAAUGGAUUGUAGUUAUUUAUGUAAUAUAUGUAUGAAUAAAUGAGAUCGUGAUCAGUU